AAACACGCAGGGGAUAAUCGGGUAAAUGGAUCAAAAUCGGAUCCGAGUACCUUGUUCCGGGUCUUAUUAGGGCUUUGGAAGCACAGCGCCCCAGUUCGAAGACAGCUAUUUACUUCUCAAAGCUUCUACGCACCUCUGUUUCAUCAUCACUCUAUCCCUCUCUCUACUUUCCCUUCUGUCUCCGCCGUCGAAUUCUUCGAUCAGGUAGUUGCUGCGUGGAAAGCGAGGAAGGAAGAAGAAAGAAAGUGGAAGAAAAUGGCGUUAGCGUUCGACGAGUUCGGACGACCUUUCAUAAUAAUAAAGGAGCAGGAGCAGAAGAGCAGGUUGAGGGGUUUGGAUGCUCAGAAAGCCAACAUUUCCGCCGGAAAAGCCGUUGCUCGCAUCCUCCGGACUUCCCUCGGUCCCAAGGGAAUGGACAAGAUGCUUCAAAGCCCCGACGGCGAUGUCACUAUCACAAAUGAUGGGGCAACAAUUUUGGAGCAGAUGGAUGUUGACAAUCAGAUAGCGAAGCUAAUGGUUGAACUAUCUCGGAGUCAGGACUAUGAAAUUGGUGAUGGCACAACAGGAGUAGUUGUUAUGGCCGGUGCGCUUCUAGAGCAGGCUGAACGUUUAUUAGAACGUGGUAUUCAUCCCAUUCGGAUUGCAGAGGGCUUUGAAAUGGCUUCAAGGAUAGCAGUUGAACAUUUAGAGCACAUAGCUCAGAAGUUUGAUUUUGGAGUUACAAAUAUAGAGCCUUUGGUUCAAACUUGCAUGACUACUUUAUCCUCAAAGAUUGUGAAUCGAUGCAAGCGCAGUUUGGCAGAAAUUGCUGUUAAAGCUGUUCUGGCUGUUGCUGAUUUAGAGAGGAAGGAUGUUAACUUAGAUAUGAUUAAAGUUGAAGGCAAAGUUGGGGGGAAGCUGGAAGAUACUGAACUUAUAUAUGGGAUAAUUGUUGACAAGGAUAUGAGCCAUCCACAGAUGCCAAAGCAAAUUGAAGAUGCAAAAAUUGCUAUAUUGACUUGCCCUUUUGAGCCACCAAAGCCAAAGACUAAGCAUAAGGUUGAUAUUGAUACAGUUGAAAAGUUCCAGACCUUGCGUGAACAAGAGCAGCAGUACUUUGAUGACAUGGUUAAAAAAUGCAAGGAUGUUGGUGCCACCUUGGUCAUCUGUCAAUGGGGGUUUGAUGAUGAAGCAAAUCAUUUGUUAAUGCAUAGAAAUUUGCCUGCUGUCCGUUGGGUUGGUGGUGUAGAGUUGGAGUUGAUAGCAAUAGCCACAGGGGGGAGAAUUGUGCCAAGGUUCCAAGAAUUGACUCCAGAAAAGUUAGGAAAGGCUGGUUUAGUUCGUGAAAAGUCCUUUGGCACAACAAAGGAUCGAAUGUUGUAUAUUGAACACUGUGCAAAUUCAAGAGCUGUAACCAUAUUUAUUCGUGGUGGUAACAAAAUGAUGGUUGAGGAGACAAAACGCAGCAUACAUGAUGCUUUGUGUGUCGCUAGGAAUAUCAUCCGUAACAAUUCCAUUGUUUAUGGUGGUGGCUCAGCUGAGAUUUCUUGCUCAAUAGCUGUUGAGGCAGCUGCUGAUAGAUAUCCUGGUGUUGAGCAGUAUGCUAUCAGGGCAUUUGGUGAUGCUUUGGAUUCUAUCCCAAUGGCACUUGCAGAGAACAGUGGCCUCCAACCCAUUGAAACAUUAUCGGCAGUGAAAUCUCAGCAAGUUAAGGAGAACAAUCCCUACUGCGGGGUAGACUGCAAUGAUGUUGGCACGAAUGACAUGCGUGAGCAAAAUGUGUUUGAGACUUUGAUUGGGAAGCAGCAGCAGAUCUUGCUGGCCACACAAGUUGUCAAGAUGAUCCUAAAAAUUGACGAUGUCAUUUCCCCAAUUGAUUAUUGAUGUUAUCAUAUAUAUAUUUGGAGCAUGAGUCAGAUUUAGGCCUCCACCAGACAAUUGUUCUCCGUGUUGUCUUGGUUUUGCCCACUGCUAUUUUUCUCGAGGAACUUAAAUAGACCCAUAUUUCCUGGGGAUUAAGAUGUGUUGCUUACAGAUUUGAGCUGGACUUGUCGGGGUUUGUAGCAUGGUUUCUGAAAGCAUUCAGUAGAUUUUUGAUUUUUC